AGGUCUCGGGCCCUCAGGCGGAGCGGCGGGCGCCGGACCCCCAGGCGGAGCGACAGGUCUCGGGCCCUCAGGCGGAGCGGCGGGCGCCGGACCCCCAGGAGGAGCGACAGGUCUCGGGCCCUCAGGCGGAGCGGCGGGCGCCGGACCCCCAGGCGGAGCGACAGGUCUCGGACCCUCAGGCGGAGUGGCGGGCGCCGGACCCCCAGGCGGAACGACAGGUCUCAGGCCCCCAGGCGGGGCGGCGGGCACCGAGUCACCAGGCACAACCGUGGGCUCCGAGUCAACUGGGAUGACCGCUGGCACUGGGUCAGACAUUGGAUCGUCUGGCUGGACAGCGGGCAUCGGGUCACCAGGCAUCAGGUCAUUUGGCUCGACAGCGGGCACCGCGUCAUCUGGCAAGGCAGUGGGCUCCGAGUCAACAGGCACGACAGUGAGCACCGGGUCAUCAGGUAUGACAGCGGGCACUGGGUCACCAGGCAUCAGGUCAUUUGGCUCGACAGCGGGCACCGGAUCAGGUACCGGAUCAUCUGGAUCAACAGCGGGCAUCGAGUCAACUGG